CUGGAAGGUGGAGUCCGGGCAGUGGCAGCGGUGGCGGUUGCCAGGAUCCCGCGUUGUCGCCUGAGACCCGUAGUAUGGCGGGGAGGAGGAGGAGAAGGCGGCGCAGGACCGAGCUGCGCUCUGUCAGUACCAGUUGAACCACUUGCUUCCUGACGAGGCCCGGAGCGAGGAGAGAAAAGCUGACGGAUCUGUGAGGGACCAGUGUGAUUGUGGGAAAAUGGAGGAGUAUGAGAAGUUCUGUGAGAAAAGUCUCACCAGAAUCCAAGAAACAUCACUAUCCAGGGAGAGCUUUCUACCUGCUCAAUCUGAAAGCAUCUCACUAAUUCGCUUCCAUGGAGUGGCUGUCCUUUCUCCACUGGUGAAGAUCGACGAAUCCCAAGAUCGACAGGUUAGAAAAGCGCCUAAUGCCAGUGAUUUUGAUCAUUGGGAGACUGAAACCAUUUACUCUAAUUCAGAAGUCACAAACUUGAAUGUUCCUGUUACAUUUCCAAAUAGCUUGCCAAGCCCUACUGAACACUCUACUUCAACAAAGCUUGAAAAAAUAACUGGAGUUUUGCCUUUGGAUAAUGAGGACCAAUUUAAAUCUAAUGGAAUAGACGUAGCUGGUGACUCAGAAGGAUUUAGUUCUCUGAAGCAAUGUGAUAAUUCAGGUAUUAAUCAUGCAGAAAAUGAAGCUUCUCCAAAGACCUCUUCAGUAACCCCACAGGAGACUCUUAUUUCUGAUAGUCUCUUCCCCAAAAAUGAAGAACAGGAUCCAUCACUUUUGGAAGAAGUCACUCCCGAUCCCUACAUAAUGAGUCUUCAAAACCUGAUGAAAAAGUCAAAGGAGUAUCUGGAAAGAGAACAAUCUAAACGCAGUCUGAGAAGCAGUGCCAAGAACAGUUUUAAUGAGAGUCAUUCAGACAAAGAAAAUGAUGCUGUUAAAGUGACUGAUUGUGUAAAGGAGAAAGCCCAGUUGACGGACAAACACUGUGGCUCAGUUAUUCCUGACAAGCCAAGCCUUAAUAAAUCAAAUGUUCUUCUCCAAGGUGCUUCCACUCAAGCAAGCAGCAUGAAUACAUCUGUUUUAGGUAGCUUUUCUAAAGUGGACAUACCUAUACGAACUGGCCAUCCCACUGUUUUAGAUUCUGAUUUUAAAGUCAUUUCCACUCUUGUUCCUGAAAAUAAUGUUAUCAGAAGUCUUACCGGUUCGUAUGCCAAGUUACCUAGUCCAGAGCCAAGUAUGAGUCCUAAAAUGCAUCGAAGACGUUCAAGGCCAUCGUCAGCAUGCCAUAUACUUAUAAAUAACCCAGUAAAUGCCUGUGAAUUAAGCCCUAAAGGAAAAGAAAAGGCAGUGGACUUAAUUGUUCAAGAUACUGACGAGAAAACAAACAUACCUGAAACUGUGCCAAAGUUACCAGUUGAUUUAGCAGGAGGUUCAAGCAGAAAUACACCUGAAGCUAUAGAAGAAAUGGCUUUAGGUAAAUCAAAUCAGGUAUGUCAGUCUUCAGGAAAUCAAUUAGAAAAUAAAAUUAUUCACGGACUUGCUCCUGGGGAAGGUCAGGUAAUAUCUGACAGGAGAGGACCACACAAAAUGGACAAUACUUGUACCGUAGUGCCGAGAUUGCAGGAACCAUAUGGCACCAGUCAAUGUAUAGCAAGUCAAAGCUUUGGGACCAUGAGUGGACUUAAGUCAGCCAGUGUGCAAGAGAAAAACUCCUGCAGUUUACAGAUGGAGCUGAAUAAGUCUUAUGAUGUAAAGAACCCAUCUCCUUUACUGAUGCAAAACCAGAAUAAUAGACAGCAGAUGGACACACCUACAGUGUCCUGUGGAAAUGAACAGUUUUUGGAAAACAGUUUUGAGAAAGUUAAACGGAGACUUGAUUUAGAUAUUGAUAGUUUGCAAAAAGAAAACUACCCUUAUGUCAUAACAACUGGAAUAGCUGAACAAGAAAGGCAACAUUUGUUGGAAAAAAGAUACCCUAAGGGGACUAUCUGCAUUAACAAGAAUAAAAUGUUAGAAAAUAGUUCAAAAGAAGGUGAGAUAUUAAAAAGCAAGAUGUUAGCUUUUGAAGAAAUGCGGAAGAGACUAGAAGAACAACAUGCCCAGCAGUUGUCAUUACUCAUAGCUGAGCAGGAAAGGGAACAGGAAAGAUUGCAAAAGGAAAUAGAGCAACAGGAGAAAAUGCUAAAAGAGAAGAAGGCGAUUACAGUGGGAGCCUCUGAAUUGGACAAUAACAAUGCGGUGGAGUUAGAAUGGAGAAAAAUAAGUGACUCUGGCUUGCUAGAUACAAUGCUGUCUCAAGUGGAUUCACUCCAUACUUCAAAUUCAAAUAAUUCUGGUUUUACGAAUUCUGCCCUACAGCAUAGCUUUGGUUCUGCAAAUGAAUCACCAUUCUACCUCUGGGGAUCAUCAACUAGUGGCUUGACCAAAAUCUCAGUAAUAAGACCUUUUGGAAGGGCCAAAACUAGAUGGUCUCAGAUUUUCAGUCCAGAAGUACAAGCAAAAUUCAACAAAAUAAGUGCUGUGGCAAAAGGAUUUCUUACUCGUAGGCUUAUGCAGACAGAGAAGCUGAAGCAACUUCGACAAACUGUAAAAGAUACUAUGGAAUUUAUAAGAAGUUUUCAGUCAGAAGCACCAUUAAAGAGAGGAACUGUUUCAGCACAAGAUGCCUCUCUUCAAGAAAGAGUGUUAGCCCAGUUGCGAGCUGCCCUGUAUGGCAUUCAUGACAUAUUCUUUGUAAUGGAUGCAGCUGAAAGAAUGUCUAUUCUACAUCAUGAUCGAGAAGUUCGAAAAGAGAAAAUGCUCAGGCAAAUGGAUAAAAUGAAAAGCCCACGAGUGGCUCUUUCAGCUGCCACACAGAAGUCUCUUGAUAGGAAGAAGUACAUGAAAGCUGCUGAAAUGGGAAUGCCAAAUAAGAAAAUUCUCGUUAAACAAAAUCCUUCUGAAACAAGAAUCCUUCAGCCAAACCAAGGACAGAAUGCACCUGUUCACAGGCUACUUAAUAGACAAGGAACCCCUAAGACAUCAGUGAAGGGGGUUGUGCAAAAUAGACAGAAGUCUUCACAGAGCAGAGUGCCUAACAGAGCGCCUGUUUCAGGAGUAUAUGCAGGAAAAAUCCAAAGAAAGCGGCCAAAUGUUGCGACAAUUUAAGAAGACAACAUUCACUAGGCUAAAAAAAAGGGGAGGGUUAUUAUCCAUAUUAUGUUCCCCACCCAAGGCUUUUAGUUUAACCCUGUACUCUAUUUACCCAGGCAAACUAAUGUCAAAGGGCUGAGCAGUUAUCUGGAUAACUUGAUCAGUCUGGUUAAUUACUACCCUACUACCCCCCACAUUCCUCUUCAUAGUAGAUUUGGUGGAGACAAAUUAGUGUUAGUGAUUGCCUCAUCUCUGUGCUUAAUCUGUACAAACGUAAGUUAAUUUCAUGUGUCCAGAUGUGUGCAGAGACCCUUUUUGUAAACUUAAAGAACAUUUGGUUUCUUUUACAAAAUAUUGAAAAGGUAUGACAAAUUACAAAUAAUUUCUAAACGUAAAUUUCAUUCACCUCUGCAUACUGAUUCCUGAAUUUUAUAAACACAUUAGAUACUGUUCUAUUCAAGGAGAAAUUUGCAAAAGAAUGUUUUCCCUUGAUUUUGUAACUUUAAAUACUGAUUAGCUUCCCAAUCUGCAUAUUCUUUGACUCACGGUAUAAUCAUUUAGGAUAAAACACUUGCCUGCUGGUUGUGGUUCAUAUAAAAUUAACCACAGAAGGAGCUGUGAGUCACCAUUUUGGUCAGAAGUAUACAUAUUCCUGUCAACCACUAGUUGUCCUACAGAAAUGUUAUAUUUCAUGUAUGUUACCCCAUACUGUUAGAACUAUUUCCACUAGGUUUUUAAAUCCUUCCUUCUGUGGAGGGUAACAAAUUCGGGGAAGACAGCACAAUCUUCUUGAAUGUAGCACUUAGGAAUUCAUUAUUAUAUCUAUUUCUGUAAAAUUAGAAUGACAUCUUGCAUGCAGUUAUAUUUUCUAUUUAGUCCACAUAUUUUGGUUUUUCAUAGUCUGCUUUUUCUAGCAUGCUUGACUGAGGAGAGAAUAAAGGGCUAUAUAAUAUAAUGAUUUCAGAUUUGCAAAUAGGAUAAUAAUAUUGUCUAGUUGAAAUUCUGCAUUACUUAGAGGAACUGAUGCUUAAUUUUUUUUUUUUUUUAAAUCCCUAGUAUGUCAUAGCGACCCUAUAGGACGGAGUAGAACUACCCCCAUAGGGUCAUUUAAAAUAUCAACCAACAGAUGUUACCAAGGGAAUGUGAUUUUAGGAAAUAGAAUGUCACUGUUAAUUUAUCAUAUGAUUUCCAAGAAGGGCUUUGUGUUUCUCACAUAAAAUUGGAAUUGUGUACAUUUAAUCUUUCUAACUUGAAUUUUAAGAGAUACUGGUAUUUUGAAAAUGCAGACUAUAUAUAUAUAUUGUUAAUAUCCUUUUAAGAAUAUGGAGAUAAAAAUUGUUUUCUCCAAUUUUUUGUUCCACUUAAAAUUUAACUUUUGCAUCCAGCCACAGACAAAAUAAUAAUGUACUCUGGGUAUAAACUUGGUUUUCUUUAUUGAGGUGUAUCAUUUAUUAAAUGAGUGAACAAGAAAAUUAGAAGACUGUCAAAUUGAGUUGCCUUUUUUUUUAAUUUGUAGGCAAAGUAUAUCAAAUAAUGAUCUUUUUAAUAUGAUAAACUGUGCUUUAUCAUUCUGAAAACUCAGGAUACAGCUUACUCAUAUCAUUGUGGGUCUCUCCAGUAAAAAGAAUCAGUGGUAAAAGUUUUGUGUACACUAAUUAGCUAAAACAAAUAGUGUUUUGGAGAAAGUUAAAACUAGUUUUAGAUUAAGGAUGAAAAACUUGAGGGUUUUUUUUUUUUAAUUUAAAGAUAAAAGCAUGUAUGUUUUACACAUUUUUAAUGUUCACAACUUUUUCUCAUAAAAGUACCAGACACUGUUUUGUGCUUUUGAUGGAAUUUUAUUUAUAUAUGUUAUUUUUUAUUAUUUUUACUUUGAGUGGAAUGUCCAUUCAUGUAAAUUGUAUUUAUUUUUAUACUUUAAUUUUCACUAGUUUUGCUUCUAGGCAGAAGGCAAAAUAAACUUUUCAUCUUAAAGGAAA